CCAAGAUCAAUGCAACCUCAGCAGAACUUUAGCAGCUCAAAAAUUGAGGAUUUGAUGCAGCAAGUGCUUCAACAACAACAGCAGAUGAUGCAACAGCAGCAACAUCAGCAGAGGACUGAUACAACAUUGCAAAACAUUGAAAGGCAGAUUGGGCAGCUUGCUAGCAACAUUAAAUUGAUGCAAAAUCAAGGAUCUGGGCAAUUACCUUCACAACCGACUCCAAAUCCUAAAGGAAAUGUGAGUGCAUUAACUCUUCGAAGUGGUAAAACAAUUUCAGACCCGAAUUCGAAUUUUUCAGCUAGAUCACAACAAGGCAUAUCCAGGACAGCUUCAGAUUUGACUCCACAAAGUUUCCAGAAUUUUCCAGCAAAUUCAGAGCAACCGGAUUCUGCACAGCAUGGGAUUAACGGAGCGGAUCAGCAACAUUUCAAUCAACCUGCAACUUCAGAUUCUGAUCAAAUUGGUGGAUCAGAUUUCAGUUUGGAAUUUACUACAACAGCAGCUCCAAAUUCAGCACAGAAUCUAGAAAAUUCUGCACAUAAUUUGGACAGAAAUAUUACCCAGCAAGGAGCUGAGCAUUCCAUUCCGUUACCUUUCCCUCAAAGAAGUGUACAACCAAGAAAAGAAAUGGAGGAAGAAAAGGCUAGGGAAUAUCAAGAAUUGGUGAAAUUAUUUAGUAAGGUUGAAGUGAAUGUGCCUUUGCUUACAAUGAUCAAGCAAAUUCCUAAAUAUGUCAAAUUCCUCAAGGAUCUUUGUGUGCACAAAAAGAAAUUAAAGGGGAAUGAAUUGAUAAGUAUGGGAAAGAAUGUUUUAGCAUUACUUCAGCCAGUUCCUCAGAAGUGUGAAGAUCCAGGAGUUUUCACAGUGCCUUGUGUGAUAGGCGAUUGUAUUUUUGAGGAUGCGAUGUUAGAUCUUGGAGCUUCUAUUAAUGUGAUGCCUAAAUCAAUUUUUCAGUCAUUAAGAAUUGGACCUUUGCAGCCUACAGGUGUAGUGAUUCAGUUGGCCAACCGAAGUCAAGCACACCCAGCAGGAGUAAUUGAGGAUGUAUUGGUAAAAGUGAGGGAGUUAAUUUUUCCUGCAGAUUUUUACAUCUUAGAUAUGGAGGGUGAUGUGCUUGCAAACAGGGCUCCACUUAUUCUUGGACGUCCAUUCUUGAAGACUGCUAGAACCAAGAUAGAUGUACAUGCAGGAACUCUUUCUAUGGAGAUAGGAGACACAGUGGUUCGUUUCAGCAUUUUUGAGGCUAUGAAGCAUCCUAGAGAGGAUCAUUCUAUACUUAGCGUGGAUAUAUCGGAGGAGUUGGAUGGCAUGGAGUUCUUGUCAGAUGUUGAUUCAGAAUUAGAGGUUUCUGAUUUUGGUAUGGAGAAUGAAUUCAUUGCAUUGUUGGAAGAUAUUUUAGAUGUGGAAUCUGAUGUUAACUUAAGUGAAUGCGUAGGGGAUUGCUUAGGAGAAGCAUUACCCCUAGGAUCGCUCAGAGAGGAAGAGGUAUGUGUAGGGGAUUGCUCAGCAGCACUACCCCUAGAAUCACCUACUAAUGACCAGACACAGGAGGAAUUAAAGCCAUUGCCUCAACAUUUGAAGUAUGCCUAUUUGGGAGAGAAUCAGCAGCUACCUGUCAUCAUAGCUCAGAAUUUGGAACCGGAUCAGGAGGAACGAUUGUUAGAGAUUCUGAGACAGUAUAGGAAGGCAAUUGGAUGGACUCUGGCAGACAUUUCUGGGAUCAGUCCUUCCAUUUGUAUGCAUAAGAUUCACUUAGAGGAGGAUGUGAGGCCAGUGAGACAGCCACAGAGACGACUAAACCCAUUGAUUUUGGAUGUUGUAAAGAAGGAGGUGACUAGACUCUUACAGGCUGGCAUCAUUUAUCCGAUUUCUGACAGUAAAUGGGUCAGUCCCAUCCAUGUGGUUCCGAAGAAGUCAGGGGUGACAGUGGUAGCUAAUGAAGAGAACAAACUGGUGCCCACGAGAGUGAAGAAUUCCUGGAGAGUAUGUGUGGAUUACAGGAAGCUGAAUCAAGCAAGCCGAAAGGAUCAUUAUCCACUUCCCUUUAUUGAUCAGAUGUUAGAGCGGCUGGCAGGUAAAUCCCAUUAUUGUUUUCUUGACGGUUAUACUGGUUAUUUUCAGAUUUGCAUCGACCCAGAGGACCAGGAGAAGACUACCUUUACCUGCCCUUUCGGUACAUUCGCAUAUCGUAAAUGCCAUUUGGAUUGUGCAAUGCUCCAGGUACUUUUCAGCGAUGCAUGGUGAGUAUUUUUGGUGAUUUAUUAGAGCAUUCCAUGGAAGUUUUCAUGGAUAAUUUUUCUGUUUAUGGUUUUUCUUUUGAUGCAUGUUUGGAAAACUUGUCUCGAGUUUUGAGUAGAUGUAUCGACACGGAUUUGGUUUUAAAUUUUGAAAAGUGUUAUUUUAUGGUAGAGCAUGGCAUUGUUUUAGGUCAUAUAGUCUCUAGGAAGGGCAUUGAAGUAGAUCCUGCUAAAGUUAGCGCUAUAUCUUCUUUAUCUUACCCCGCAUGCGUGCGGGAGGUUCAAGCUUUUCUUGGCCAUGCAGGAUUCUACAGGAGAUUUAUUAGAGACUUCAGUAAGAUUGCUCUACCCUUAUCUCAGCUACUUCAGAAGGAUGUCAUGUUUGAUUUCGAUCAGAGGUGCAGAGAGGCUUUUGACAGAUUGAAGGAGGCUCUUACUUCAGCACCGAUUAUCAGACCCCCAGACUGGUCCUUACCCUUCGAGUUGAUGUGUGAUGCUUCAGAUUAUGUAGUGGGAGCCGUACUGGCACAGAGAGUGGAUGGAGAACCACAUGUUAUUUGCUAUGCUUCCAAGACUUUGGACUCAGCUCAAGCAAACUACACAACAACAGAAAAAGAGCUUCUUUCUAUUGUUUUUGCUUUAGAUAAAUUUAGAUCAUAUCUUCUUUGUUCUCAUGUGAUUAUCUUUUCUGAUCAUGCAGCUUUGAAGUAUCUCCUCAAGAAGCCUGAUGCAAAGCCUAGAUUAAUCAGAUGGAUGCUUCUGUUUCAAGAAUUCGACGUAGAAAUAUGUGAUAGGAGCGGGAAGGAGAACUUGGUUGCAGAUCACUUGAGCCGAAUUGAAAGAGACUUGGACCAUUCGGCCAUUGAUGAUGAUUUCAGGGAUGAGCAGCUUUUACAGCUACAGGGUGAGUCUCCAUGGUAUGCGGAUCUAGUGAAUUUCUUAGUUGCACAUGUUUAUCCCAAACAAUUUUCAAAAGCUCAAAAAGAUAAGUUAAAAAGUGAUUCAAAAUUCUAUGUUUGGGAUGAUCCUUAUUUGUGGAAGUUUUGUAGUGAUCAGAUCAUUAAGAGAUGCAUACCUGACUCUGAGUUUCAGUCUGUACUUACUUUUUGUCAUUCUUUUGAGUGUGGAGGACAUUUUGGACCACAAAGAACUGUUAGGAAAAUAUUAGAAUGUGGUUUGUAUUGGCAUACCCUUUUUCGUGAUGCUUAUGCUUUUUAUCGAUCAUGUGAUAGGUGUCAACGAACUGGGAACAUAGGACUUAGAAAUGAAAUGCCUCAACAAUUCAUAUUAUUUUUUGAGAUUUUUGAUGUUUGGGGUAUUGACUUUAUGGGUCCAUUUCCUGCCUCUUUUGGUUUUGUUUACAUUUUAUUGGCAGUUGAUUAUGUUUCCAAAUGGGUGGAGGCCAUUCCCACUCGGACUGAUGACUCUUCUGUUGUUGUUAGUUUUGUCAGGUCUCACAUAUUUUGCAGGUUUGGAGUACCCAGGGCGAUCAUAAGUGAUCGAGGGUCUCAUUUUUGUAACAGACACAUGAAGACUUUGCUACAUAAGUACGGGGUUACACAUAAAGUUUCUACAUCCUAUCACCCGCAAACAAAUGGGUAAGCAGAAGUGUCUAAUAGGGAGGUGAAAUCAAUUCUUGAAAAGACUGUGAGACUGGAUAGAAAAGAUUGGAGCAAAAGACUUGAAGAUGCACUAUGGGCUUAUAGGACCGCUUUCAAGACCCCUAUAAGAAUGUCUCCAUAUAGGAUUGCGUAUGGAAAAACAUGUCAUUUGCCUGUGGAGAUUGAGCAUAGGGCGUAUUGGGCGGUUAAAACAUGCAAUCUUGAUAGUGAUACGGCUGGAGAAGAAAGAAAAUUGUAACUGCAAGAACUUGAAGAGAUUAGAUUGGAAGCCUUUGAGAACUCACGGAUUUACAAAGAAAAUGCCAAGAGAUUUCAUGACAAACAAAUUGAAGUGAAAGAGUUUCAAAUUGGUGACAAAGUACUUCUAUAUCGAUCUCGUCUCAAAUUGAUUAAAGGUAAGUUGAGAUCUAGAUGGGAAGGACCUUUUUGUGUUACUCAUGUUUUCUUUUAUGGAGUGGUUGAGAUUCAGGAUAUGUCUACUGGCCGGAUUUUUAAAGUUAAUGGACAGAGGCUUAAAAAGUUUCAUGAAGAAGUGAAGGGCUUGGUGGUGGAGGAAAUGGAACAUGUUGAUGCUAUCUACUCGAGUUAGAGGGGAGUUUCACUUUAUCUUUUGUUCCUUUGCAAAUGAAUAAAUUUUAGAUUUUAGUAGUUUUUCUUAUAUGUUAGGAGAAGUUUCAGUUUCAUUUAGAAUUUUCUUGCAUAAAUAAAUUUUGAGUUUCAUUAGUAGUUUUUAUUUUUGCAUAGUUAUAGUUUUGGAAUUUAGGUUUUAUGUUCAUGAUAGUUACCAUUUCUUUGAGUUUGAUAGUCUUUGUUUUAGGAAUAAAUGGUACUUCCUUCUUUUGACAUUUCCUUGUAUCAUUUUAAGGGAUUUGAAAAGGGAUGUUAAAUUUGAUUAUCUUGUUUAAAGACUUUGUGGCAUGAUUGAACUCUAGGAUUGCAAGAAGUUGAUACUAGUGAUGGAUUCUUGAUUGAUGAAAUGGUAUGAUAACUUUUAUUUACCUAGUGAGGUUUGAGCCAGAUGCACUUGUAGCUUAUUUCACUCUAGAACUUGCUUCAAAUCUGAUUUAUACCAUUAGAGCAGUGUUGAGUCAUUUUUAUGAAAUUUACUCCAUUAUCACAUUGCCCUCACCUAUUUUUGCUAUUUCUCUUGUCAUGAUUCAUCAUAUCUUUAUUCUUUUCUCAUGUUUUAUUUCUUUGGAUGUGGUUAUCUUGGAUGAUAUGUGAUGAUUUUAUUUUGACCGGGACGGACAAAAGAGUAAGUGUGGGGGAGGUGUGUAAUUGAAAAUUGAGUUCUUUUGUUUUGGUGGAGAAUGUUUUGAUUGAGAAAAUGAAUUCUGCAGAAUUAAGUAAGUUCAGUGGAUGAAAAUUGCUGUGUGUUAUUGUUCCAAUAUUGAUACAUUUGAUUGAAAUCUUGUGAACAGAUUGGAAUCCGGAAAUUGGUGCAUGGUUAGUUUUUUUUUUAUAGAAAUAGAAUUCUACAGAAGUGAAGAGCAGAUCUGGGAAUUCUGUGCCAGUUUUGUACCAAAAUCAGAGUACAAUAUUCGAAGUGAAGAAAGCUUAAUUGGAAUUCAAGAAGAGACUGGAAACAAAUGGUAUGUAACUGUCAUGGCAUUUGCAAGAUUUAAAGAAAAAAAAAUCAAUCAGAACAGAAUCUGGACAGCAGAAUUCAGUUCAUUUGUAGCUGGGAAAUUUAAUCACAAUGGACUUUAAUGGGGAAUUCAAUUGGUGGCAAUUAUUUCAUCAAUUAAGCACUUGAAUGGAGUAUCAAUUACCUUGAAAACUUGAAGGAAAAGGGCAUCAAUUGGUACCUUAAACAAUGAGGACAUUGCUGGAAUUCAGAAAUUACAGUAACUUCCUACUUGAUGUCACUUGCUGAAACAAGACAGAAAUCAAGCUACUGUUUGAUUAAGUGAUUGUGAAGUUUAUUGGGAUAAAUUGUGAAGCUUGAAGUGAGAGCAGCAACAUCAGGUGAGGAUACCAAGUGUUGAGCUGAAAAUUCAGACAACUGUGAAGAAAACUGUGAAAUUCUGUGAAGAUGAAGUUGAGAGCUGUUAGAGUAUGAAAAAAAUUCAGAAUUGACAUCAUGGAGAGGAGAAGCUCAGAUUAAGUGCUGAAACAUGAAGUAACAAAUGGGGAAUUGGCAUUAAUAGCUUCUAUUGAGAUUCAAUUUAAUUAUUGGAAACAUGAUAUAGCAGUGACAUUUUACAGCAUUUAAAGGCUGAAUUUUGGUGAAAGGGAAGAGUAAAAGAAGAUAAUGAUAGCUCUCAAAUUGGGAAGUGCAACUCAAUUCAAAGAAGAACAAGUGAAAAUUGAAAGGAAUGGAUUGCUGAAAUGACAUGAAUGAGUAUAGUGUAGAAAAUCAGAAGAUGCAGUUUUGCAGAAAAUGGAAAAUCAGAAGAUGCAGUUUUGCAGUUUUGUGCCAAUUUGGAAUGAUAAUUGCGAUGAGCCAGAGCUGCUGGAAAAUGGAAGGACUUUGGAUAUGCAUUGUAAGGGUCUGUAGAGACAAUAUGAAGGAGUAUUGAAAAUUUCUUGUGGGUGAACAUGUUAGAUUGAUACAAAGUCUAGCAUUGAAGGAAAGCUGAAACUAGAGUGCAGAAUGGAGUUUAAGGGGCUAAUGACCAUAGCAAAAUCUGAAAUCUAGCUGCCACUUAGUAUUGAUAAUUGGUUAUCCUUCUUCUCUAGAGUUACAAGAUUUAAGAUAAGAAAUUGUAUACCAAAUCAGGAAACAAAGCUGGAAACUGAAACUGAACCAAAAUGGCAGCCUGAAUUUGGACUGUUACUGCAGUGAGAAAAAGUAAAUCCAAAUUGGAAUUUUUGUGCUAUUGCAGGGAAAGAGAGUAAGCUUUACUAUCUGUCAAAUGCAGAAGAGAGUGUUAAGAGAAAAGAAGUGAACAUUUGCAGAAGAAACUGCAUCCUGAUUUAGCUCGGAGUAAAGGCAAACCAGUUUUGUGCCAAAGACAAUUUGUUGAAUUGUGCCAAGUUAUCUUGCUAUUUUAAUCUGAAAUGAAUGGAGUUAAAUUAUUAACUUUCUUCCAAGGUUUUCUUGCUAUUCCAGAGUGCAGAAUUUCAGAUUCAAUUGGGGAUUUCGAAGAAGCUGCAGCGUAGGAAAUGAAUGGAGUUGUAGGAACAGAAUGUUAGUUGCUAGUUCAGUUUCUGAAAUUGAGGAUACAAUCUGCACUGCAGCUAUACAAUCUGCACUGGGAAUGGAGCGAAGUUAAAGGAAGAUUGCAGAUUGGUGUGUUUACAAAAUCAAAACAGUAACAAGAAGCAAUGGGAUGAAGAAAUGCAUAAUUUGGUGCUUGGCCGAAAUUGAACAUCACAUAGCAUUCUAGUUCCAUGUCUUCCACUUCAAUGGUACUAAUGGGUUCAUGAUUCAAGUGGAGGCAUGGUUUACUCAACCAAAUGGAGCCCAAAGCCCUAACUGGCCCCAAUUGAGCUUGGAUUCGAGUCAAACCCCAGCUGGACCAAACCCUAGGUAUAAAAGGGAAUUUUUGGCACGGUGAACAGUGAGCUCGCGCUACUGUUCAUCGUGCCAGUUUUCGUGACGGCGCGGACGCGGCUCCCUCCCUCCUUCCAAAGCUUCGAACCAGCUUGUCUUCACCAGCGUGGAGUUCCUCAACCUCCGACGAUCAUAUUCUGACCAUCAGUUCUCAUCAGCGAUUGGAUUUGGCGAGCAUGGUACUGUAGCUGUGGGCUGCGAUUUUCAGCUCAGAUCAGUGGCGUUCUUCUGGUUUGAGUUUCCAUUCCAUCACAGGAUUAUCGGCGGUGGUCCUCCGGUGAUUCUGAGCCCUUUUUCUGACAGUUUUCCAUCCAUUUCAAGCCUUCGUCCAGUUCGUGACUCCAGUGCCAGCGAACCCAGCAGCGUGCAGCAGAGAGACACUUCAGGAAACUGAUCUCGCUGUAUUUUUGUGAGCUGAUACAAUUUAAUCUGAGUUGUCUCGAGUUCAAGGACACCAUCUGACUUCUGUUGGAGUGUUCUCUACAGAUCUUUAUGUGACGGCAAAGAGAAGACAAACUGAUUUCAGAUUUGAGUUGUAGGGAUGUUAGGUUUUCUUUGCAGUUUGUUUCUAGCUUAGGUUUUCUUAUUCCUGCAGAUUUGUUUCUGAAUCUGAUAGUUUAUAGUUUGGAUUUAGUUGUAGUUUCAUUUUUUACAUGAAUCUGAUAUGCUUAGUUAUGUUUU